AUGAAUCAAAUCAUUGAGUGCAGCAGCUCUGAGGUUACUGUUACAGCUCACAUUAAGGCAAGAUGGAUCAAGGGACUGAAGGAGACAGGAAGAUGGCAGAAGAGCAACCCGAGAGCCACUACUGUGUCUGGGCACAUCAACUACAGACUGCAAGGGACUGAAGGAGACAGGAAGAUGGCAGAAGAGCAACCCGAGAGCCACUACUGUGUCUGGGCACAUCAACUACAGACUGCAAG